AUGGAUAAAUUAGUUAAAGAAGUAGUAAGAUUAGACAAGCAAGGUAAAAAUUCCGUUAAUUCGUUUGAAUACUUGAGCAAAAUCAUGGAUGGGCUGGAAUAAUUAAUACAAUGGUAUAAUUGGCAGAAUACCACAGAAAAAGGGAUCAUUUUUUAAAAUGAGAAUAAUGCAUGGGAUAGCGAAGAAGAAUAAUCAAUGUUUUAGUAGUUAGUUCAAAAGGAGGAUGUAAUAGACAUUCAGAAGUUGAAAUAAGAAAAACUUGAGUGGGUUUUCGCUAUUGGCAUGGAAUUGGUCAAAAAUAAGUACGAAGAUUUAUUGGCCUUUUAAGGACCUUUGAAGGAUUAAUUUGAUAUUUUCGAUAUGCCUGACUUAUUCCAUGUUUAGGAGUAAGGGAAAAAUUAUCUCUGCUUUGGAGGAUUGUAGCAUGCUAAGAUCCAGCAUUUCUAUUAAAAGCAUCUCGAAGAUGAGAAGAAUGGUGAGCUAGAAUUAUAAACUGCUGUAGAAUCUUCAUAAUUAAAGGAACAAGAAUUAGUUUUUACUGAUUUUAUCUUCUUCUUCAUCAAAUAAGAAGAGAUUAAGGUGAUAAUUUUAGAUCAAAUGGAUAUUAAUGAGGAUCAGGAUUAGAUUUAAAUCCUUUUUUUGAAAACACAAACACCUACUCCUGAGUUAACCAUAGAAACAUAUGUUAAAAGGGAAUGGUCGUUCCAUUUAAAUAAAGAUGAGAAAAAUAUUUAAGCUGUAGAGGGGAAGGAGGAGAUAAAAAAAUUGAACGAAAUAUUCGAUCAGUGCAAACUACAAAAUAUAGAUCACUGUGAAUGGUUUAAAAUGGGAAAGAAGAAAUAUGUCUUCACUUGUGAAGCUAAUAACUAAAAGAAAUAAUAUAGAAACUUAAGUGGAACAUGA